GGUAAAGCCUUAUUCCAAAUUGGCAACCGCAACUCGCUGAAGCUGUACUUCAACGGUAAUUUCUACAACCGGUCCUACACAGCGGAGAAAUCGAGCAAAUGGGUCUGCGAUAGGAAGAACUUGCUCAAGUGCAAAGCUCGCAUCCGCUUGAAUCGGGAUAAAUCCUGCGUAGUACUGAAUGCCAACCACAACCAUCCUCCGCGGGACCAAAGCACUAUCGGCAUGCUGAUCGACUUCACCGAUCAGGAUUUGAGCAGCAUGCUGAAAAAGGAUGCAUUCAAAGCUGAAUCCGUCAGUCGAGAGGCCAAGUUUAAUGAAUAAAAAUCUAGUAGUGCAUUGUUUCGAAAUCGUCUUUCAAAUCUGCAAUCGAAUACAUCAGCUAACAUUCAUCGCUUCUAUCACUGUUACUAACGCCUCUUCCGACCUUUUUUUUAUUCCAGCGCACAAGAUCAUGAAGUUGCAGAAACGAAUCUACUACCUCAAAAAAGUCUCCAACGAAUUUGUACAGCACGGGGAGAACCCGGUUGCAUCGCAAAUCGAGCACCUGCAGCGCGAUCUGGAGAUGCUGACGGGAACCCUGCCGAAGAAACCAAUUACAGCUAGUACUGCACUGGCCACGAAACCCAGCGCCUUCGUCGAGGGAUUCGAAUUUCCGCUAACCGAGAAGGAGGAAAUCGAACGACUGGAAUCGGAAGUACAUAACGAUCCGGACAUUCGUUAUCAAUAUAUCAAUUUCCUCAUCAGCAAAAAGCCCACCUCUCUGAAUUUGGUCCAAUUUUUGCCGAUGGUAUUCUCCGAUGAGGCGCUCAUUUCCUACAACUUCCACGGCUCUCAUGCUUCCGGUAAAUCCAAAGUAUCGAUGAAGGGAUAUAGCAUUUUUUCAAACUGUUUCCUAGAAGCGUUCGAGGGCGAGGGACUGGACAUGGAUGAAUUGAGCCUUCAGCUGACCACGGCCAUCAAGCAAAGCCGAAACCGGAUGCGGCAACGAACGUUCCGAGCGAAGAAGACACUCAAGCGAAUCAGUGAUAAGGGUUCCGAAUGACGUGCGGAAUUUGGCGUGUACUUUCAUAAGAAGUUUGAAUAAAAUCAUGCAAUUUUUAA